AUGUCUGCCCAAGUACAGGCCUCAGUUCUACACGCUGCGAAAGACCUCCGCGUGGAAUCUCGGACCCUCUCACCUCCAGCAGCAGACGAAGUCCAAGUACGAAUCGCUUCCACAGGUCUCUGCGGCAGCGAUCUACAUUACUACUCCCACUUCCGCAACGGCGACAUUCUCGUUCGCGAACCUCUCAGUCUCGGCCACGAAUCCGCCGGCAUAAUCUCAUCCGUCGGAUCCAACGUAGAAAACUUCAAGGCUGGCGACAAAGUCGCGCUCGAAGUCGGUCUGCCUUGCGAAAAGUGUCAAAGAUGCAGGGAAGGGAGAUAUAACAUCUGCAAAGAUAUCAAGUUCAGAAGUAGUGGGAAGGCGUUUCCGCAUUUCCAAGGAACACUACAGGAGAGGAUUAAUCACCCGGCGAAAUGGGUGUAUAAAUUGCCGGAAGACUUGAGUUUGGAUGUCGGGGCAUUGCUAGAACCGCUUGGUGUUGCGUUGCAUGCGUUUCGGAGGAGUCUUAUGCCGAAGGAUGCUACCGUUGUGGUAUUUGGAGCGGGAGCCGUGGGAUUGUUGUGUGCGGCUGUUGCGAAACUGAAGGGCGCGAAGAAGAUUAUCAUCGCUGACAUCGAUGCUGGGAGAGUGGGAUUUGCUGUAGAAAAUGGUUUCGCGCAUCACAGUUAUACCGUUCCGAUGAAGAGAGGGAAAGAUAUCGACGAGAAUCUUGCAAUUGCGAAGGAAACCGCUGCUGAGAUCGGAAAGGUGGAUGAUGUUGGAGAAGUGGAUGUCGUGUUCGAGUGUACCGGUGUUCCGUCAUGUGUCCAAGCUGGGAUUUACUCAACACGACCAGGUGGUCGAAUAAUGCUCGUAGGAAUGGGCCAUCCCAUCCAGACUCUUCCCCUAGGAGCUGCAGCAUUAAGAGAAGUCGACAUCGUAGGCGUCUUCCGAUACGCCAAUACUUAUCAAGAAAGCAUCGAUCUCGUCCUUCAAGCCACCAAGUCAGCAGAUGGUCCGGACUUCUCGAAAUUGAUCACGCAUCGUUUCGCCGGCUUGGAUGAAGCUGUCAAGGCUUUUGAGAUGGCGGGUAAAACGAAAGAUGCCGAUGGAAAGCUUGUGCUGAAAGUCAUUAUUGAUAGCAUUGCAGGUGCGAAAGAUGAUGCGAGAUUAUGA